AUGGUGUGGAAAGAUGAAGUAGUAUAUAUGUGUUCAGGUGAUGAAGGGAGGGAAGAUGAAGCUUUGAUCUCACAAGAAUCUUCAGAUUUAGAAGUUGAAUCCAUCAAAACAAUCCCGGAAUCACCAGCAAGUUUGUUCAACAAUAAUUUAAUGCUGCAAGCAUAUGGUGGAUUUCUGUUGUUUCUCACUAAAAAAGGAACGAUUAUGUUUGUAUCAGAGAAUGUAGAAGAACACCUGGGCUAUUCACAGGAGGACAUGAUAAGUCAUUCUAUAACAGAAUUUAUCUCCCCUGCUUACUAUCAUGAGAUUCAUAAUCAUCUUAAAGUUCGAACACAUAAAUCAUGUCAUCUCCAUCAAGAUCCUUCAGAAAUUCUAUCCACAGUUCACAGUCGUAAUUUCUGUAUUGAAAUGAAAACUAAUACCAGGAAAGUUGAAGAUAAAAUUUUGAGGAAUAAUUCCUUAGUGAUGACUAAGUGGUCUGGUAAAGUGAAAGUACGACCAUCGAAGAAAGCGAAAGGUUAUUCAACCGAGGGAUUGAUGUGUAUCUGUUGUCCUGUUCAGUCUUCAGCUAUAUUAGAAGUUAGAAUGGAAGGCCAGAUGUUUAUGAGCCGCCAUAAUAUGGAUAUGACCUAUAUCUACUGUGAAAAAAGAAUUGUAACCCUGAUUGGUUAUGAGCCAACAGAUUUGAUUGGUAAAACCUGUUAUCAGUUCCAUAAUCCAUUGGAUGUCAAAAAAAUCAGCAGCUGCCAUUCUAAUUUAUUGGCCAAAGGUGCUUCUACCAGUAAAUACUACAGGUUUCUGGGAAAAAGUGGUGAUUGGGUCUGGAUGCAGACUCAGGCUACCAUUAUUUAUGACGCAGAAAAUAAAGGGAAAUAUGUUGUCUGCAUGAAUUACAUCAUCAGCAAGGAAGACGGUGAAAAAUAUUUGAAAUAUGAAGAAGAACAAAAUGGCAUUCCUGAUCCACAAAUACAUGGCUGUAUUGACUUGACCUCAACCCCAACUAAGCCUGUACCGAUCACAGAGGCAGACAAUAAACCACAAACUGAUCAAACCCAGAGUCAGACUGAGAUACAACCAAACUCAGCCACAACUGAAAUACAGUCAAAUUCUUUCCACACUGAAAAUAGUGAUAUACAACCAAACUCAGUCUCCUCAGGAGUAAGCCAACAAGCAAAUUCAUCUACGAAUGAACCAUCAUCUAAUUCAAUCAUAAAUGUAGUACAACCAAACGCUGUUACAAGCAAACCACAAGGCAGUUCAGUCAUGACAACAGAAAAGACUAUAUCUGAUUGGUCAAAUGUUCAGUCAUCCUCAUAUCCAGGGUGUUCUCCUACUGUUACCAUGACAUCAGUCACAGAAAGUAUGCUGAAUCCAGGAAUAGACAUCAUGGAUGAAAAUAAUUCCACCUUAAAUAUGGAAGAGGAUGAUGAAGAUGAUUUAUUUGAUUUGGAUUUGGAAGUACCUUCUUCAUUACUUCCCAUUGAGAAGGUCAAGGUUACCUCCGUAGCUAGCCUGACACAGAAUUCAGAUCCACUGUUGUGUCCAUUGAGUAAAGAAUCCAACAUCUUGAUGACUACAGAAUCAUCACCAGUGGAAUCUGAAUCAUCUAUUACUAUUGACAUUGAUAAUGAUUUUGGUAUUUUAGAUGAUUUACUGGAAAACAUUAAUCAUUUUCCUUCCACAAGUUUAUCCAGCCCAGUUGGGACCUCUCCUGGAGGAAGUAGGCCAAUAGAAGCAGGUCACUUCUCAAAAUUACCUUACACAGUUGAUGGUAUCCAGGGUCGAAAUGGACAGAGCAUGUCCUCUCCUAACAAAAUUGUGACAAAUGCAAAUUUUUCACCAAAGAUUACUGAUAAAACUUUUAAUCCAAAGAAUCCAGUGCAGAAAUCUUGCCAGUUAUUGCCAGUGCCAUUUAAAAAUUUGCAAGAAAGACCUUUACCUUCCAAGAAUUCAGACUCUUGCCAACAAAAUCUUUCAUCUGGGUCACUCUUACGAUCCCUACUCCAUCGUGAAAGUCCACCCCCUCUGAAAACCAAAACCACAUCCAGUCCAUCCCCAAUAGCUUCAUCCAUUCCACUGAAUCAAAAUGCUCAAUGUAAAUCCAAAUCUAGUUUUUACACUACCUCCACUUCCUGUGUUUCAUCCAAUCAAAGUUUGCUCAGUGCUGUGCUAGAGGGCAAUGCAACCUUGAAUAUUCCCACAUGUAAGAAAACGGUUCCCAUUUCCAUGAAAAAUGCCCAUCUAACUUCACGAAAGGUCAUGAACUCUCAACCACGUUUUGUUCAAAGAACUGAUCCAUAUAAAAAGACAUUUUGUAGUCAUGGACACAGUUGUCAAGGUUUAGCAAGACCAGUUUAUCAGACUAUUAAUGUGAAAACUUUAUCGGAUUUUGCUUUCUUGAAAAAUUUGGAAAAUGGUGUAAAUGUGAAUGAUUCUGCUAAGAAUGAAAGAUUCUUGGACAAUGAUUCGCACGAAGUGGAACUUCCAGAUGAUUUAUUGGAUCUCCAUAUACAGUAUUGUGACGGAUUAGCUGAAGAUCAAACUCAAGCCUUACUCGCUGAAUUUGAACAAGACUUGUUAUCCAGCCCUGAGGAUUUACUAAUCCCAGAUUCUGUAGAAGACCCAAGAUCCCCGAACACAGAAAGCUACCAAAAUUACUUCACAGAUGUAUUAAAUAUUGACAGCUACUCUAAAUCGUAUCAACUCCCAUCCAAUCAAAAUCAAGACAUUAAUAUAACUUCCACCAAUCAGCAAUCUCUAAAUAAUUCAAACAAUCACAUGACUUCAUGUUGUAAAGGCAACAUUAAUACGAACAAGACAACUGACAAUAAUCCACCAUCUUGGAAUUGUUGUCAUGCUUCGAGACAAGGGGGCUUACAAUCACCGACUGUUUCCAGUACGCAAGUUGGAAAAAUUUGCCUUUCUCCGGCUAGUGCUCACGACGAUAUCAGCUCAUCAAGUGACAGUGAUUUUUGUGAAGAUCAGAACAAAACAAAGAAAACUGUGACAUCAUCAAACUCCAUAGGUGUUCAGACAGCAUAUACAAAUUCUAAAAAUUUCAAUUUUCCUCAAUAUUCAAAGUUGAACGGAGGUCAAAGUACUAAAAAUAGAAUGUCUGAGUUGGAACAGCAUCUGCGUGGCUAUAAAUCUUGUAAUAAUUCACAGACUACCGAAUGUUUGGAGUGUACUAAUAUUGAACGUCAUUCUAAAGUGACGCCUUUUUUGCAUAAACUUCUAACCGGUGAGAUCUCACGUGAUUUGUAUCAUGAAGUGGACAAGUUGUUAUUGAAUUCCAAGAAUUCAAAUUGA